AUGUCUGAAGAAAAACCAACCAGGGUUCCAGAGACCGAAGAAGAAAGACAAGAAAGAUUAGAAAAACAACAAGAAAUUGAUAAUCGUUCAGUUUAUGUAGGUAAUGUUGAUUAUCAAAGUACUCCUGAACAAUUGGAAGAAUUUUUCCAUGUGGUUGGUGUGAUUGAACGUGUUACCAUUUUGUUUGAUAGAUUCAGUGGUUUACCAAAAGGAUAUGCCUAUAUUGAAUUUGAAACUGAAGAAAGUGCUGUCAAAGCAAUUGAAGAAUUGGACGGUAAAGAAUUCAAAGGUAGAGCAUUAAGAAUUAGUAAGAAGAGAACUAAUUUGCCAGGUUUUAGAAGAGGUAGAGGAAGAGGAAGAGGUGGCAGAGGUAGAGGCAGAGGUGGAAGAGGUGGAAGAGGUAGAGAUUUAUAG